UCAGACCUAGCUGAUUAUUAUUAGUUUCAGUGGCACGUGAUUAUACACACUCUCAAUCCAGUCCUCAAGUUCAGUCCUUCUGCUUCUAGCUGCCUAAUUUGCACACUGUCAUGCACCUGCAGGAAUGGGUAGGAGGUUUUAGAGAUUAAAUCAAAUCAAGCAUGCAUACAGCUUACCUCAAGUGAAACACCAUGAAACACCAGGCAAAAUUCAGUGUCAUGUAUGUUACAGUUGUGUCCUGAAAAAGUGAAUUUUAGAUACUGCAUUUACAAGUCAAAGGAAUAAUUUGACAUUUCACAGCCACUUUUGUGAGUCUCAGUUGGCUGGCUGCCCAGGAAGACACAAUUCCUGAUAAUGUGUUAAUUUGGGAGCUUUAGAUGUGCUGGUAUCUGGAUUUGCUUGCCCUCAGAUACCCUUUUUACUGCGUUUAUGCUAAGCUAAGGUAACUGCCAGCUGGAUGUAGCUUUAUUUUUAAGGUAAAGAUUUCGGGGUGUUAUCAACGUUCUCAUCAAACUCUCAGGAGGAAAUCAUGUAAGUGUAUUUUCCACAAUGUCAAACUCUUGCUUUAACCUGUUAUAUCUAUAAGUGAAACUCAAGCAACAUAUGUAAUAUAAAAUGUCUCUGGAGUAAGUGUAUGCUGUGUUGUCUGCUUGAUAGCUGAUUUAUUUAUCAUAAACACCUAAGUCUCAUUUAGUUCUUUUGUUUUUAUACAUGCAUAUGUAUGAAAAAGCAAAAAAUGAUGAUUGGUGUCAUAAGGAAGUGUUGGUCACUUUUCUCUUGAAAUUACUCUUCACUGGACGCUGAUCUUUCACCUCAGUGUGUGACAGAAUCCAGCGAGUAGUGGUCUGUGAAGGGAUGGGAGGAUAAAGUUCGAGGCAGAACAUCGAGGUGGUGGAGAUAGUGGAGCUAAUAACUGGGGUCAUGGAGUGAGCUAUCAUGACAGCUUUAACCAUCUCCCAGUGCUGCGUGAAAUCAGCAGAUGAUUCUGAGUACUCCCUGGUAAAUGAGCCUUUGAUUGAGCUGACCAACCCAGGGGCCAGCGGCUCUCUCUUCUACCUGACCAGCGAUGAUGAGUUCAUCAUUAAAACCGUCCAACACAAAGAGGCCAAGUUUCUCCAGCGGUUGCUGCCUGGAUACUACAUGAACUUGAACCAGAACCCACGCACGCUGCUGCCUAAGUUUUAUGGCCUGUAUUGUAUCCAGUCUGGAGGCAUCAACAUCCGGCUGGUGGUGAUGAACAAUGUGCUGCCUCGCUCUGUCAAGAUGCACUACAAAUAUGACCUGAAGGGAUCCACCUACAAGAGACGGGCAUCCAGGAAAGAGAGAGAGAAGGCCUGUCCUACCUACAAAGACCUGGACUUCCAGGACAUGCAUGAUGAAGGGCUUUACUUUGACGCAGAGACAUACAACAACCUAAUGAAAACUCUGCAGAGAGAUUGUCGGGUGCUGGAGAGUUUUAAGAUCAUGGACUACAGUCUGCUGCUGGGUGUGCACGUCCUAGACCAGAGCCAGAGGGAGGGAAGUGAGCCGGGCCAGGCAGGGGGGGACGGGAGGAGACCUGUGUGCCAGAGGGUCCUUUACUCCACCGCCAUGGAAUCCAUCCAGGGAGACGGCAAGGCUGCAGAAGCCCUCACCACAGACGACACGAUGGGUGGCAUCCCUGCCAGAACCCACAGGGAUGAAAAGCUGCUCAUCUUCCUGGGUAUUAUAGAUAUUCUACAGUCGUACAGGCUCAUUAAGAAGCUGGAACACUCAUGGAAGGCCCUGGUGUAUGACGGCGACUCCGUCUCAGUGCACCGUCCCGGAUUUUAUGCCAGCCGCUUCCUCAAGUUUAUGAGCACUCGGGUCUUCAGGAAGACUCAGCCUAUUCGAUUCUCCCCUUCAAAGAGGACUCGCACUUCCAUCUCAGCUCUGAAGUCGUCAGCCUCUCAGGAGAUCCUUUCAUCGCAGGCUGAUGAGAAGAACAAAGAGGACAGGAGGGCCAGGCUGGGAGGAGCCCGCAGCUUGGCCAGUCUGGACAGACAAGCUGUGUUUGGUUCAUACCUGCGUCCUGAUCUCGUCCCUGUCAACUUGUCCUUCUAUGACGGCUAUUCCAUGGGAACCAUCUCCACCUCCUCCAUUUAUGUCAACGUGGACAACCAAACAGAAGAGAGAGACAACAUUGCCUCCAGCUCCACAUUUACCCUGGAGGAUAGUGCCAUCUGCCUCACCUCAGAGCAGAGCACCGUGGAUGUGGACAUAAACCGCGAUGACUGCUCUGUUCUCGAUGCCUACUUCUGAAAAAAACAGCUUUACAGCCGUCAUUUCCUCCUGACAAUCACAAAACAAACUGCUGCGCUCCAUUGGACAGGCCAGGUUGACCUUUGACUCCACUUCAGUGCUAACUCCACGUUGCCACUUGUAUUGCCAAUACAUUAAACGACUGAGAUUCUCCAUUGGCGGAUGGACUAAAAGAAGACAGCAACAAAGUCACAAUGAUGCACCUCUGCACAAACCAUGUGACAUGAACAUCAGACGGAGUAUUGUUUUAGAGCAUGCGUUAAUACAGUGCCAUCAAGUUUUAUGUAUGUAUCCUGUUCAAUGACCUACACAAGAUAUGAUCAUUUACUGUAUAUACAUAGGAGGAGAGGGUAGAUAUACAUUUCAUUAUUUAAUUUUUCUGCUGCAAGGACAAUUUCAAAGCUUGCAACUGCAUUAGUUGCUGAUGAGAUGAGAAAACAUUUACAGAGAAUUUAUGAUGGCAUCUUUGUUCCCACUGACGAGGGACGUGAGUGUCGCACAAAGGACACAUGCCAGCUUGUAGCCACAGCCAACAUGGAUGAGGAAAUACUCAAACAAACAGACUUUAUUCUGAAGCUACCAAGGCCAAACUGUGACACAGUGAGAGUGUCUGCCUUUUCCUAACUGGGCUGGUAUUUGUGCUGGCCUGACACAAACCUGAAGCCCUGGCGAAGGGCUGCUGUAAAGUGACGUGAGAAAAGACAGUUACUGGAUAUUGAAUGAAACACAGAGCUGAAGGACUUGCUCUUGAUAAAAAGGCACUUUUGACACUGGUUAUUAUUACUGUAAGAAAUAUUCUCCUCAGAGGCCCUUACUUGGGUGGGCUAACUGAGAAGGAUUCAGAUUUGGAUGUAUUAAUAUGCACUUUUCCCCCUCUUUUUACUCUACAAAUGCACACAUCUGCAGAUCACCGAUAUGUGUACAGAGAGUGAAGGAACACUGUAGGUCAUUUUUGAUGUGGCGGUACUAGUUUUGUGGUUUGCGUCACGACUGAAGAUGCUUUUACUCAGGAUGUCCUUUGAUACUGAAUAAGUGUCUUCUUCAAGAAGUUGUGAGACAUUCAUCCUACACGUAGCUGUUUGAUACCUCUUCACCAACAUCAGAUCCAAUAAGUGUUGAAUUCUACAAUAACGGUAGAGUUGAUUAUAAUUUAUGAUGUAAACCUCAAUAUUUUACCAGUUGCUGAAAAAAAAACCUUAAUCGCUGAAUGUAAAAACAUUGCAUAUUUAUAUAUAGAAGAGAAACUGCU